CCUGUUCCGGAAAACAUAGUCGUCAGACCACCUUUGGGUAGCAACCCUGCAACAAAUGACUGGAUUCCCAAUGUUGAAGAAAAUCAGGUCUUCGUUUCUUCCAAGCCAAAUAGGAGCGAGGGUUGUUAGAUCAGUGGAUGGAAAGAUAGAAAUGUCCACCAAAUUACAUUGUUUUUGUGUUGUAAUUGUGUAAUCAGAUAAGGAUGCAUUUGGUGGGAUGCUUCAUGCUUGCAAAUUUUUUAAUAAUGAAAUUGACUUGGAAUUAAAUUAUUCAAGCACUUGGUUUUGGGUUGGACUCUGCCCAUUUUGUCCAGAGUUUCCUUAGUUUGGUGUUUUUUUUUUUCUUAAUUGUUGAAAUUUGUAAUGUGUAUGUUUGUAUUUGCUUGUAGUUGAAUAUUCAUACUAAAAAGAUGUAGGGUGU